AUGGAAAAGCACUCAAUCGGGCCGGAGAAUACUCGAAUCCAGAAGCUGGUUGAGGAUGGCAACCCAAUAACCUGUUGCACCCUUCACGUAGUCUUAUAUGUCACCUACCUCAACAUCGGGGUUGAUGGCCCCUCCAAGCUCUUGAGACAUUGCCCAAAAACCAGCCUUGGGGCCAGGCCCACCACCGGAUACCUAGCUAUACACACCUUGAUCCCCGGAAACCCUUCUACAAAUCUAAUUCGUAUUUGUAGGCCCACUUGUCCAUCCUCAAGCACAUGCUUCAAGACGGAGGCGGCGUCAUCCGCAUCUCCCACACAUGGAGGAGAACUCAACCGUCACCAUCCACCUUGA